AAAAAAGAGUUGGAAAGACGGUACCAACACGGUCCGGUCGGGAAACGCGUUGCCCUCUGCCGGCGGGCCGGGCUUGAGGGACACUCCAACGAACAGUAAUUCCGGGAGGGCGCGCGUGGUUCCGCGUUGCACUUGGACCUUUAUGUAGAGCGGCCUUUAGGGCCGCCGUGGGGACUGCGCUCCCCCGGGGGCACCGAGCGGCCAGGCCGGGUGCGGGGCGGGACCCGGUAGGAGCGGGUCCGCGUGCUUUGGAGAGAGGAGAGAUUCUCCUGCGUGCGCUAAAAGCGCAGCCGGAGAUCGCAGUAUAGAAGGUAAAUGUGAGAAAAGGGUUAAUGAUUGCUCCCUCCUCCCCUCUCGGCUGGAUAAAGAUGGUCUUGGAUACCCUUUGUAAAUAGGAAUGUGGAGGUGGGAGGGGAAAAUCAGUCCGACUCGGUCUACUACGUUGCUUCGCUGGGUAGGGAGGCGGUGAAGAGAGGCUGAUACCACCCGGGCGCUCUCCCAGGAGGAGGCGCGGAGGGACGGACGCGCCUUUCGCGGGAGCCGGGCACCCGCCGGGCUGUGCCGGAGCAGGGGGGAGUGAGCGGCGGGCGGCGAACUCCGCGGCGGGGCUCCUACUGCCGGGAACGGGAGGCGAGAGAGGAGGACAAGGGGCUGCCGUUGAUGUGCUGCCCAGCGGCUGCCGAGUGUUUUAUUGAAGAGUUGGUGUGGGGGGUCCCCCCCUCCUUUUUCUGGUGCACCCGCCUCCUUGAAGCCGGCAGAAGCAAGGAAAAUAAGCUGAGGACAGAGAAAUAAGAGAAGACGGAGGAGAUGGGAUGUCUGUAGCUGUAACUGAGUUGUGCUUUAUGAACAAGGAAAGGGCCCUAAGAACUUACCUGAAAGGGUGAGUUAUCAUUGAACCAAGGGAGAAUUUGUAUCUUAAAGCCACUACAGGAAAGGAACACUAUAAAAGCUGAUUCUGCUUGAGGCUGCUCUCCUGCUUUGCCUAUACUUUCCUAGUCUUAGUGGGUGAUGUGACAGCAGCUCUAACACUCAGACCCCAGUAAUCCAAUAGUCAACAGGCAGGAGCAUUUGAAAACAAUCAUGGAUGACUAUGAUAUCAGGUCUGCUGCCAGCAUUUUAGCAUCUGUUAAAGAGCAAGAAGCUCGUUUCGAGCGGCUUACCCGUGCACUUGAGGAAGAGCGGCGCAAUGUCUCCUUGCAACUUGAGCGUGCCAAUCAGCCAGCAGACCGAAUGAGCAUGUGCAACAUUGGCAAUGGUCAGCCACUGGCAACGGCCUGGCAGCAGCUUGUCCUGCAGAUGAAGGACCUAGCUUGUACUUCUGACUCCUAUGUGCAUGAACAAAGCCCCAGUAACCAGACGUCAAUAGCAAUGAUGCAAGAGCCUCAAGAGAUGGUGGAGGAGACAGUUACUGUGGAGGAAGACCCAGGCACUCCCACUUCCCAUGUGUCCAUUGUCACUUCCGAAGAUGGAACUACAAGGAGAACUGAAACCAAGGUUACCAAAAUGGUCAAAACAGUCACCACCAGAACAGUGCGUCAGGUGCCACUUGGGCCUGAUGGCCUGCCAUCAAUGGAUGGCUCCUCUCCCAUGGGCAGCUACACAGAUUCAAUAGACAGAAGGUACAUGAAGAAUGGGGAGCGGUACAUCACACCACAAGCAUCAUCCACAUUAAACAGAUCUUAUAACAGCUACAAUGAUUCGUACCCUGACAGUCAUGAAGGUCAGUAUCGCCCUUACAUUGGUCAUGAUGGUUACGGAGAUCUAUCUGAUAACUACGGCAGCUUGUCUCGUGGUGUCAACUACCGUCCUCGCUAUGCCUACGUGCCGGGAAACAGUUACAGGCCAGAUGAUGGUAGCUUCACUUUGCCAAGCAGAAGGGAUAACUACGGUCCGGUUGCCCAGCCUCAGGUGCCAGUGGGUAGCAAUGUUGAUUUGAACCGCUCCCAGCCAGAACGCUUCCAGCCAGAGCCCUAUGGACUGGAAGAUGAUAACCGCAGCCUUGGAGUAGAUGAUGAAGGAUAUGAACUGGACCCUGAUUACUCCACUGUGAACCGGAGGACAUCCGCAGGUGUGCCAGAGAGAGGAAGACCUCACAAAGGAAGGGGCUACGAUGACCCCAUCGAGACAGAGAUGGUUGAAGAGAGGAUACCUUACCUCCAUGGUGGCUACGCAGCACCGCUGGCACAGCCAGAGAGAGGAAGCAUGGCUAGUAUUGACCGCCUGGGGAAGCGCUCCCCCUCUAUUGACAGCAUUCGUAAAGACCCCAGGUGGAGGGACCCUGACCUCCCCGAAGUGAUUGCCAUGCUCAGCCACCCUAUUGAUCCAGUCAAGUCUAACGCCGCAGCCUACUUGCAGCACUUGUGCUACGAGAAUGAUAAAAUCAAAAAGGACGUGAGGCACCUCAAAGGGAUACCUAUCUUGGUGGGCCUACUUGAUCAUCCAAAGCCAGAAGUCCAUCGUAAAGCCUGCGGGGCUCUCAGAAACAUCUCCUAUGGGAAGGAUAAUGAAAACAAGGUGGCUAUAAAGAACUGUGAUGGGAUCCCUGCAUUGAUCAGACUAUUGCGAAAAACAAAUGACAUGGAAGUCAGAGAGCUAAUUACAGGCACCCUAUGGAAUUUAUCCUCCUAUGAACCCCUGAAGAUGGUCAUCAUCAACCAUGGUCUGCAGACGCUUACCAAUGAGGUGAUUAUACCCCAUUCCGGUUGGGAGAGUGAGCCGAAUGAGGACUCUAAGCCUCGUGAUGCUGAGUGGACAACUGUCUUCAAGAACACUUCUGGUUGCUUACGGAAUGUAAGUUCAGAUGGAGCAGAAGCACGCAGAAGACUAAGAGAGUGCGAUGGCUUGGUGGAUGCCCUCCUCCAUGCUCUACAGUCUGCAGUUGGCAAGAAGGAUACAGACAAUAAGUCUGUGGAGAACUGCGUGUGCAUCAUGCGGAACCUUUCCUAUCAUGUCCACAAAGAGGUCCCUGGAGCUGAUAAGUACCAAGAACUAGAUGCCAGUCAGACGGCAAGCACGGGAGGCUCUCAGAAGAAGAAGAAAGAUGAUGCUGGUUGUUUUGGUGGGAAAAAAGCUAAAGAGGAGUGGUUCAAUCAAGGAAAGAAGAAUGGAGAUUUGGACAGGAAUUUUGAUACACUUGAUUUGCCUAAGCGGUCUGAAGCAGCAAAAGGCUUUGAAUUGCUGUACCAGCCAGAUGUGGUCCGGCUGUACCUCUCCAUCCUCACUGAAAGUCAGAACUUCAACACUCUGGAAGCUGCAGCAGGGGCUUUGCAGAAUCUCAGUGCUGGCAACUGGACGUGGUCCACGUACAUCCGUGCAACAGUGCGGAAGGAGAGAGGCUUACCAGUGCUUGUGGAGCUGCUCCAGUCCGACUCUGACAAGGUUGUGAGGGCUGUGUCCAUUGCCCUGAGAAACCUUUCCAUGGAUCGUCGCAAUAAAGAUCUUAUAGGUAGUUACGCCAUGGGUGAGCUGGUAAGAAAUUUGCCCAGCAGGCAGCAGAGAUCUGCAAAGAACCUGGAAGAGGAUACAGUGGUUGCGGUGUUGAAUACCAUCCAUGAAAUCAUUACUGACAGCUCGGAAAAUGCAAGGUCUCUGAUCCAGACACAGGGCAUUCAGAAGCUGGUAGCUAUCAGCAAGUCAAGCCAGUCUUCCAGAGAAACAAAAGCAGCAUCUCACAUUCUUCAGAUGAUCUGGAGCUAUAAAGAGCUACGAAAUGCCCUGCAGAAGGAUGGGUGGAAUAAAUCACACUUCCAGUCUGUUUCUGCAACUCCAAAGGGGUCCAAAGGUACUGCGGGCAGGUCUGGCUAUGACGACAGCACUUUGCCUCUGGUGGAUAAAAGUCAAGAUAACGAGAAGACUGGGAGUCGUGAUAUGAUACCUAUGGAUGAACUUGGCCCAGAUGGGUACUCCACCAUCGAUCACCGGGACAAGGAGCGCAAAUACAAGACCAGUGAUAACACAGGAGAUGCCUCGGAGAAAGAACCUUUAAAAAAUGACACAAAUAGGAAAAACAUUAAUAGGAGUAACAGGGCUUCGGUGAAUCUGGUGGAUGCCCGUGACAUUAAACCCCAGCCUGUUGACUCCUGGGUCUAAUUUGCAUGCAUGGGCUAAAGUCCAACCACGUUUUUUUUAAUUGAGGGGGAGAAACAAACAUUGAAUCGACACAGAGGAUCUCAUCAGUCACCACUGCCAUUCAGAUUUGGAGGGCGCUGCAUCACUGACCAGGCCGCAGGUUCUAGGAGGAUGCGGGGAGAAAACAGAGUGACUUGACAACAUUGCCAACCCCAGAGCACCAUGCCUUACAGCGAGACAAUUUGCUUUUUAACUCAGUUACAUUCCCACCCGAAAUAGCCACCACCUCCCCCUUCCUCCCACUCCUGCAAGAAGAAAGCAAGCAAGAAAAGAGAACCCAAGCUUCCAUCUAGCGGGCUGCAUUCUUAGGUGACUCUUAGUGUGGAUGAUGCCAAGUACGAGAAGUGAAGGUCAUGUGGCAGCAAAGAAGACAGCUUCUCAAGUGAAGGAGAGACUGAAAUAACAUCGUAGGUGUAGCCAUGAAGAUAAAAUAGCACUUUUCUGGUUUGGGGGUCAUUGUUUUGGUUUUUGUUUUGGGGGAUUUCUUUUGAACUGUGAAGCUAACAUUUUUAAAAGCUUUUGGAAAAAUGUUUAGGUUUUCUUUUAUUAUUUCCACAGAAAGUGCAGGAGUGUUGGGUGGGUUUAUUGGAUUUCAAUAAAGGGAGAAAAUGCAGAACAAAUACUAUUAAACGCUGGUCAAAUGAACUGGAGAGUGGACGGCAAAACUGAUGCAAGCUGUAUAAUCUGCUUUUAGAGUAAGCUAUAUCAUUCACAGUGCUAUAUUAUCAUUAUAAUCUGGUGUACAAUACUUCUGCCUUUUGAAUUCUGUAAUGGCUCUGUUUUUAUUUCCACAUAUUGAAAAGCGGUUUAUUGAAGGUUUCAGUGUCCCUGGUUCAGAAAUCUCUGCUGAGGAUGGAGUUGGCUGGCUUUUUGUUUUCAUGUUCUCAAAGGUUGCAGUAAGGAGCUUUUACAUUUUAAAUGUACCAGGAUUGCAUUGAUGAUGAUCAAAAAUUUCUUUUGCCAUAGCUGUUAACACAUUGGAAGGAAAUAGGAGCUUUUUUGUAGGGUGUCUCAUUUUGAACACACUAUAAAUUUUAGAUGGGUCUGUCACUUAUAUUUGAUAGUAAAUUUGUCACUGUUGGAUCCAUGAUUGCUUUGGGCUAUAGAUCCUGAUGAAGAAUGCCACAAAGGGAACUGGUUUGGCUUUUUUUUUAUGUCAUCAUGAUUUCUGUGUCCCUUUGGUUCUGUUUUGAGAUUACAUUUUUCAUUUGGUGUGUAAAUCAGCCAUGUGCAGCGGUUCUCCUAAAAGAUGCCAAGGCCUGCUUUGUAUGAGGGGGAAUUUACCUCAUGAGAACGUAUUCUGCUUGUAUGGUACCUGGUAACACCAUGAACUAAAUGACUUCAGAUCACUGAUUUUCUCCAGGCAUUGGUCGAGGGAGGGCAGCAGAUGAGAAUAGGAAGCAAAUGUCUCACCAGUGGUAUCAGAAGACUUUUGCUGAUUUUAUUUGGUUGCCACUAUUCUGUGAUUGCCACUUUUAGUUUUAACCAAGCUCCUAAAAAACGGUGUGACUGGAAAGCACAUUUUGAAUCUAGCAAACAUCACUUGCGGUUUUCAGUGCCUGCCGUUUCCUUUGUAAUUAAAAAGGGGAAAUACCCAACAACCUCAUCUCCCCCCAGAUAUACUGUAAUAGUAAACGCCUAAAAUUUUUGUAAAAAAAAAAAUUUAAAAACUUGAAAAAAAAAAAAAGGCAAGUACCAAGAGCUUUGUAUCUUCUUGAGUAUAUUAAAAAUUUGACAUGAAUACAUAUAUAUAAAUAAAAAAAAAUCUAUAUAUCUAUAUAUAUAUAUUGUUGUGCAGAGGAUAGGUUAACAAAACCAUGUAAAGUAGUUUGCAAGAGAGGGAAGCAUUUGUUGAUUCAGGGAAAAAGACUGAUGCCAGAAGCUGUCAGUGAUUUGGAUGACGUGUGUGCUCCUUCACACCCUCCCUUUUUGACCCUCAUCUUCCAGGUACAUUGCAGCGGUCACUUCUGGAUCUUGGGAAGGUGAAGUUGCUUGGAGCAAAUUAAGGUAGCAAAGAUUUGUUUUUUUCAGCUGCAUGAGAGUCCUUUUGGCCCAAAGAUGCUCAGCAGAUCAAGGGAAGCAAAGAGAUACAUCUGUUAUGAUCUGUGUCGGGGCAGUGUCUCUAUGUGUAGACAUGAAGUGUGGCGAUGAAACCAGAUGCAUAGUCUGACUGUAUAUUAUAUCAAUGGUGCUCUUUUCAUACUUGUUCUGCCAAUACGCGGAGACCCUUUUAACCAAGCUACACGGAAGAGUUUUAUAUCACUUUUGGUUAUGUACUUGGUGUAUUCUUUUUGUAUAUGAAAGGAUUUUUUUAAAAACGUUCAGUAAUUAGCAAUGGAACCUGCUUUGUAGCUGACUAGAACAGUGUAAGAGAAGGGCCGUGCUGUCAGUCUGUCCCUGAUCUACUUUAAACCGUAUAUUUACCAAAGGAGCCUGAGCAAAGUUCACUUAAAAUAAAGACCUGACUGCUGAAAGGAGUCUCUGCUAAGACUUUGUGAUUUAGUUGUUGUACAGAUACUUAAAGCCAGCAGGAGGUUAAUGGAGAAAAUUGAAGGAAAGAGGAGGUGAAGUGACUGGGGCCAAUUAUGUCCAUGACCUCCUAUCCCAAAUAUCACAUGGCUGUCAGUGGGGCACUGCAGGGACACUCAAAAUCUGGGUUGGAAUCUGUCAUUAGUGGGCUGAAAACAUUGAGGAGCAUUUGAGAAGCAAAUUCAGGCCCUAUCCUACUUCCCCCUAGAAACCUGUUCUGUAUUUACACUGCAUCCUGUGACAGGCAAAGCUCCCUGUCAGGUUAGAUGGGCUGCCCAGGGUUAUUGUAGCAAACUGUUCUUUGUUUUCCUGGGGGUAAGUGUUCAUGGCAGCCAGCGUGGUUGUGAGCUGACAAUAUGGCUUAUUGUUGCAGAAAAGCAAAGGACGUAGGAAGAUAAAUACCGAGUCUGUGGGCCAAGACUUCCCCCGGGAAUCACACAUCUUACCCCCGUCCUUCCCAUGCCUUACAAAAACAAGUAAUUCCCCAGUAUGUAGCAAUAACCCAUCAUUCACAUUACUGUGGCUUUUCUUCUGAACAAACUGUUGUUUGGAUGUUGAGGAAGGAAAAUAGGCUGGGGCGUGAUUUGCAUGUGAGACUAUCACCUUGUAUUACCAACCCACCAGCUGAAGUCCAGAGCAAGAUACUUUGAAGCAGGGCUGGUGAUGUAAUGUCUUUUUCAUCUGUGCCACAAGCUCGCUGGUGGGAUGUGUGCCCACCCCUGCCCGUACCUCUCCCCUUGUUGGUGCAAGUGUUUGACUGUUUGAGCUGUUCUGGGAUGUGGGUGGAUGAACCUGUAAUUGUUGUUAUUUUGGCAGCAGGGACUGUAUGUAAAGAAGGGAAAGUGGCAGUGUGCGUGACUAAAGCUGCAGUAGGGUCUAGAGCCUCCUGCUAAAGGGCAGGCAGUGCUUUUUAGGGCUCAGGUAUGUGACCUCCUCUUUUCCUGUUGGAUCCACUGUGAAAACUGGAGGGAACCUGCCUGCAAAGGGCUGGGGAAGAAGAGAUUUCUACCUGCAGGAAUUCUAGUGGGAGGGAUGGUUGUGGAAGGAAGCAGUGGUGUUGAAAGCCUCCUGCUACAGAGGAGGAGAACAUUUGAUGGCCCAGUUGAGGGCUGAGAUAACACAGGGGAGAGGGAAACUCCUGAUGGUGUCUAAUUACUGCAGAACUUUCUUCCCAGGAAGGUUUGCACGUCUCCCAGCAUCUUCACUAAGCUGUGGAGGUUUAAAAAGAACCACUGUGUCUCAAGACUCCCCUGGAGAAGCAUCAGGUUUGGUUGUUGAGUGUGUGAGCAAUUCUACUUGUGCUUACAGCUUCCCAGGUUGGUUUGUCUGUCUGCAGAACCCAAGGAGGAGAGAGGAAAGGCAAGGCUUAAGGACAUUUUGUUUCUGUGUUGGAGUUAAGUAGCAGUUUAGCCCUAAGUGUAACUUGAUAACUCAAGAUGUGUUGCCAGCUUGAAAUGCUCCCCAGAGAACAGUUUGGGCAGCCACAGGUCCUGAUCUUCAGUGUCUUCUGGGCGAAAUACCUGCCUGUCCUAGUUCUACUCUUGUGCACUCAGACAUACCGAUUCUGAAUGCGUUUGUAUCAGGAAAGCAAAUCCUGUCUCUGUUGCCAAAACAUCACAAAAGGGACUGAUUUGGGGACUAGGAACUGCCUCGCUGUGACACAUCAGGGGGUGGCAUGUUCGUAACAGCAGAUUGGUGAGUUCUUGCCAGCUCUGAGGAGUAGUUUUCAGUAGUGCUUUCUAGCACGCAAGCCUUGUGCUAGCAAAGCAGGUUUCACUCCUAGAGCAGUUCCAUGAGGUUGAAGGUGGUGAGUUACCUUGUUGCUUGCCUUAAAAUUGAGCAUGUGGGCUCAGCUACCUGUGAGAGGUGCACAUUAAACCCUGGGAGUAAGCAAAGCUGCAGAAGCCAGCUGGGUGCAUUAGCAUGGUUAAAGCCUCUGCUGCUGUGCGACUGCCUGCUCAGUGACAACCAGUGUGCCAAUAACUUCAGCCAGCAGUUUCGUGCUGGGAUGGAGUCGUGCUCUCACAGGUUUUGAAGGUGUUUAUAUAGGCAUAGUUCCUUGCAAAAUUUCUUUGUUUUGAUACCCCUAAAAUCUGGUGUUUCCUUAUCUUUGACAGAGAAAUUCUCUGGCUUAUUGGUACCGUAACUAAUCUAGUGCAUUUAAGGGGAAGUUAUUACGAACCUUUUUUUUCUGUUUUAAGUUUUAUGUCAGGGUAGGAUGUUCUGAAGUCCAAAGUGAGGAGGAAGAUAGUGCAGAUACUACAAGGCCUGCCAAUCUGGUUCUUACUGUUCAGAAAAACAAAAUAACUAGACUAAGAAGCUUUCUGGUAAUUAGUAGCUAAUGUGUUUGUAACUAUCAUGUGCCUUAAAAUUUUCAUGGUAGGAGAAUAAAAAAAAAAUCAACAGUGUGUUUUCUGUAAUACUGCUCAACAUUCUCUCUGUAGUUUAGACUGGUGGGAUUUUGCAUUGUAUUUACACUGUACUAUAAACUGAAACACUUAGAAUGGUUUGAUUUUACAAGUAUGGAGAGGAAAAAAAAAAAAAAGGUGGAUUAUGCUUUUCAUAGAACAAAUGUUACCGUGACAGAAUGUAUUAUUAUUAUAGAAUCUUUCCAUAAUGCAGACAAGUAGAAUGCUUGUUAGAAACCAGGUAUGUAGGAUAACAAUUUGGUGUGUUUUCAAUAAACCAUGCCUGGAAAGAAUA